AUGAACAGAAAUUUUAUACUGGAGUAAAUCCCUAAACCAGAAAAACUAUUUAAGAUAGUAGAAUCUUUAACUUAAUGGAUUUAUAGAGUAUUAAAGAUAUUUAUAAAUUAGAUAUGUGAAUCAAAUAACUUAAGGUUGAAGACUACAGAGCUAGCAGCAUAAUUAAUAUAAAUAUGUUUUGCUGAAAAGUUUUGUAAUUUAUAAAACAUUUUACUUAUUGCCAUUACUUCAUUAUUCAUUUCUGUUAAGGUUUUUAUAGAUAUAAACUUUAGUAUAACGAGAGUCAAAGCUUUAUUUAGUUUGAUUUACAGGAUUGCAUUCAUUUGGGAAGUGGAACUUACUUGGAGAAAGACUUUCUUGAAAUGGAAUUGUAAAUUUUGAAUCUGGUUAACUUUGAUGUAAAUCUCAUUACUAUAUCUGAUUUUCUCUAAGAAGAAUAAACAAAAUAUAUUGAUUUAGUAUUAUUUGUAACAUUGGACUCAGGAUUUUGGUCUUUCUCAAAAUUCGAUUUAUAUGAGGCCAUCUUAUUUUUUAAUCAUAAUCAUAAGAAAUCCUAAAAUGAGACAACAAAUAAGGUAUGUUAUUCUAAUUAUUUCUAGAUAAUCAAUUUAAUUUAAGCAAAAGUAAAUUUGUUAACAGCAAUUGAGAAUGAAUAAAAAAAUAACUUUGAAUAUAAAACCAAAAGAAUUCAAAAAUAGAGAUUUAAAUAAAAAAGAUUUCAUAAACCCUAAUUUAGAAAGUCUUAACUUAAAAGAAAUAAAUGUUUAAAUGCAAUUUUUAUAUGA